AUGGGAGAUAAAGAUGGUGAAAAUUUCGAUGACGCCGUGGAAGAAAGAGUCAUUAACGAAGAGUACAAAAUAUGGAAGAAAAAUACGCCUUUCUUAUACGACCUAGUGAUGACCCAUGCAUUAGAAUGGCCCUCUUUGACUGCUCAAUGGUUAAUUGAUGUAACACGUCCAGAAGGAAAAGAUUAUUCUAUUCAUCGGUUAAUAUUAGGAACGCACACAUCGGACGAGCAAAAUCACCUAUUAAUUGCCAGUGUCCAACUUCCCAAUGAAGAUGCUCAGUUUGAUGCCUCACAUUAUGAUAAUGAAAGAGGAGAAUUUGGAGGCUUUGGUUCAGUUAGUGGAAAGAUUGAAAUAGAAAUAAAAAUAAAUCAUGAAGGAGAAGUAAACAGAGCUAGAUAUAUGCCACAGAAUCCAUGUGUAAUAGCUACAAAAACACCAUCCAGUGAUGUAUUGGUUUUUGAUUACACUAAGCAUCCUUCUAAACCUGAUCCAAGUGGAGAAUGUCAUCCUGACUUGAGACUCAGGGGUCAUCAGAAGGAGGGAUAUGGACUUUCAUGGAAUCCUAAUCUUAAUGGGUAUCUGUUAAGUGCUUCAGAUGAUCACACCAUCUGUCUUUGGGACAUAAAUGCAACACCCAAAGAAAAUCGUGUUAUAGAUGCUAAAACUAUAUUUACUGGACACACUGCAGUAGUGGAAGAUGUUGCAUGGCAUCUACUUCAUGAAUCACUUUUUGGUUCAGUAGCAGAUGAUCAAAAGCUUAUGAUAUGGGACACUCGUUGCAACAAUACUUCUAGGCCAUCUCAUACAGUAGAUGCUCACACUGCAGAAGUAAACUGUUUGUCUUUCAACCCUUAUUCUGAAUUUAUUCUAGCUACUGGCAGUGCAGAUAAAACUGUGGCUCUUUGGGAUCUAAGAAACUUAAAACUAAAAUUACAUUCCUUUGAAUCUCACAAGGAUGAAAUAUUUCAAGUUCAGUGGUCGCCUCAUAAUGAGACCAUUUUAGCCUCAAGUGGAACUGAUAGAAGAUUACACGUUUGGGACCUGAGUAAAAUAGGAGAAGAGCAAUCAGCAGAAGAUGCUGAGGAUGGACCUCCUGAACUUUUGUUUAUUCAUGGUGGCCACACAGCUAAAAUUUCAGAUUUUUCAUGGAAUCACAAUGAGCAAUGGGUUAUAUGUUCUGUAUCGGAGGAUAACAUAAUGCAAGUUUGGCAAAUGGCUGAAAAUAUUUACAAUGAUGAAGAACCGGAAACAUCCGCAUCCGAACUUGAAGCGGUGGCCACUUAA